AUGCAGUUAGUUAAGAGUGAGGAGGCGGUUAAAACAGUGACAAAUAGCGAAAUUGCGACGAAGAAAAAGCGUGCGAAGGUGCUAGUUGUGAAUUGA